UGACCUCACUGCCGCGCGCCGGAAGCAACCCGGGCCACGGCACAGGGGAGCGGCGGCGGGACCGCGGGGGCCGGUGAGAUCAUGCCGGUCACCGGGAAGAGUUUCCGCCGGCGCCGGGCCGAUUCGGAGUCGGAGGAAGAUGAGCAGGACUCAGAGGAGGUUCGAUUAAAACUGGAAGAGACCCGCGAGGUGCAAAACUUGAGGAAGAGGCCCAACGGGGUGAGUGCUGUGGCCCUGCUGGUAGGAGAGAAGGUACAGGAAGAGACCACCCUAGUGGAUGACCCCUUUCAGAUGAAGACCGGCGGUAUGGUGGACAUGAAGAAACUGAAGGAGAGAGGCAAAGAUAAUCACAGACCACCACUGCUCUGUGGGCCGCUGUUGGGGGCCCCUCACUCUAAAGACGGGCUUUGUGAGCUUCCUGCCUCUCCUGAGUUCUGGUGGGUUUCUCGUUUCAGGAUGAAGUACAUCGAGACGGAGCUCAAGAAGAGGAAAGGGAUCGUGGAGCACGAGGAGCAGAAAGUCAAGCCGAAGAGCGCAGAGGACUGCCUUUACGAGCUUCCAGAAAACAUCCGCGUCUCCUCUGCCAAGAAGACGGAAGAGAUGCUUUCCAACCAGAUGCUGAGCGGCAUCCCCGAGGUGGACCUCGGCAUCGACGCUAAAAUAAAAAAUAUCAUCUCCACGGAGGAUGCCAAGGCCCGUCUGCUGGCAGAGCAGCAGAACAAGAAGAAGGACAGCGAGACAUCGUUCGUGCCCACCAACAUGGCCGUGAAUUACGUGCAGCACAACCGGUUUUAUCAUGAGGAGCUCAAUGCCCCCAUUCGGAGAAACAAAGAAGAGCCCAAAGCCCGACCCCUGAGAGUGGGCGACACAGAGAAGCCAGAGCCUGAGCGGUCCCCUCCUAACCGCAAGCGUCCUGCUAACGAGAAGGCCACGGAUGACUAUCACUAUGAGAAGUUCAAGAAGAUGAACAGGCGCUACUAAGGGUGGCCAAAGGGAGAAGUGCAGGAUGGGUGUAAAUAGCGCCGGGCCCUCCCUGACCCCGGACAGGCGGCUUCCCAGACAGAGGCGGGCAGAAGUUCGCUUAUUCGCUAGACAGACUCUCCGCUGGCCCUGUGCUCACCUGCUGGACCUCCCGGGACCGGCGUUUGUAACCUUUGCAACAAGACAAGGUGGAGUUUUCCUGUUUGGGGCAAAUUCUCUUCUUGUGUGUGUGAGCAUCAUAAAGUCUUGUUUGUAAAUACAUUGACUUUCUCUGAAUAUUUGCCCUGGGUCGGGAGGAAACAGCGGCGUGCAGAGUGAGAGGACACCGUUUAGUUCGUGCUGUUAUUUAGUGCACGUGCAGUCGGGUCUCGUACUUUCAAACUCCUGGAGUUCAGGAGUGCGCCCUUCACCGCGUAUAGCGGGGCCCAGCUCACGGCAGAAAAGUCUAGGACGGGAUCCGAGGGACACUGGCGUUUUCUGACUCUUACAAAGUUCCCGGUUUCUUUUCAUUAAGAAAGAAAAACAAUUUCUAUGAUUUUCAGCACUUAGGUAUUAAAUAUGAAAUGAAACCAA